CUCGUUUCAUAUCUUCAAAUGGAGAUUCCACUGUUUCUCUAUAUGCUGACCAGCUACCUUAAGUAUCCAGUGUUUCAAAAUCUGAUGUAUGAGAAAUCCUGCCUUGUUCGAUACAGUGAGGUGAGAAUUUUUUCUAAAUGUUCAAAUGUAACGGCGUACUACAAUGAUAAAUCUAUACAAGCCGAUGCGAAUCAUUUUUAUUUCCUAUCAUCUGUUGUACUAACUCUGCCGUCUUUCUUUUCAACGUUACUAUUGGGAGCAGCCACGGAUUUAUGGAGUGUCAAGGUUCCACUGCUGAUACCAUUCUUCGGAUUGAUUUUGUGCACAUCGAACUAUGUAAUGCAGACUGUUUAUAUGGACGCCUCCAUUUACUUGCUGCUAAUUAGCGAUGCUAUUUUCGGAAUAUGCGGCGGUUAUAUCGCCAUAUUAGCAACAGUCAUUAGUUAUGGCGUGAAAACGACAUCGGUUCCUAGACGAAGUGUUCGAAUUGCUGGCGUAGAAGGUGCUAUAGGUCUAGGUGGCACAGCUGGAUACAUUCUCUCGGGUACCACUAGAGAGAUCCUAGGCUACCCAUAUGUGUUUCUAUUAAUGCUUAUAUUGCAAGUGGUUGCUUUUUUCUACAUUCUGAUAUUUGCCAAGGAAUGUAAACGAACGGGAAUUGAUCGUCAAGACAACGAAGUAUUGAUUCUAGAACGCACCUCGAAGUUAUUUUGGAAGUGUGUUGAGGCGCUUUCCAACUACCGACAACUUCUUACCAUCAGCCGACGCUUUCAAUUUAUACUUGGGUUAAAUCUGUUGGCAUUUGGAGUCGAGCUGUUCAUAUUUUCUGGUCUAAUGGAUAUUCAAUAUUCCUAUCUCCAGUUCAAGUUGGGCUGGGGAGACCAGCAAUACGGAUGGUUUAGUGGACUUACUGUGUAUUUUGCCAACUGGCAAACUCUGAUAUCAGUUCUAUACCCACUUCUGUACCUUCGAGGUUUUACAGAUGGUACACUUGGAUGCUUUGGUUUGCUCGCAAAAAUGUUAUCGCUUGUCUUACUCGCUUUCCUUACGAACUCAGCAAUGGCCUACUCAUUAAUAGUUGUCACGUGUUUAAACCGCUUUAUCCCUACUGGAUUCAGAUCGUUCAUCUCAAGCAUUAUUGAGACAACUGAGCAAGGGAAAAUGUUUUCCCUAAUCGCCUUGCUGGAAGGUGCAAUUGGGCUUCUGGCCUCUGCGUUCUUCAAUACCUUGUACCCUAAGACGUUAUCAUUCUUCCCUGGGUUAUUUUACAUAGCAAGCUGCCUAGUUCUUGGGCUUGUUGCUGCUCAGAUUGCUGUUGUUGCUGACUUUGCGGUUGCAUUUGCCCGUAAGAAGGUAAGCUCAUUGGUCGAUUUAGAUCAGUUGGCGUACUCAUUCCAAAUGGGUCAGAAUGAUUGUGAGGAGACCUUAAAUUAA